AAAAAGAAUCAAUUUAGAAAAAUUUAACAAGACUUUCUUUCUCCUUUAACUCCUUCAGUCAAUUCAUUUGGUAUAAUCAGAAACAUAUCUGGCUAUAUUAGUUAUUAGCUUAAAGGAACAACUCAAGUACUAAAAGAAAAGGAAAAAAAAAUGGCUUUCGGUGCUCCAAGAGGCGGAAGAGGUGGAUCCAGAGGUGGAUUCGGUGGUGACAGAGGUGGCCGUGGUGGCUCCCGUGGUGGUAGAGGUGGAUUCGGUGGCCGUGGUGGCUUCGGUGGUGACAGAGGUGGUCGUGGUGGUGCCCGUGGUGGUAGAGGUGGUCCUCGUGGUGGUGCCCGUGGUGGUGCCAGAGGUGGUAGAGGUGGUGCCCGUGGUGGUGCCAGAGGUGGAGCCAAGGUUGUCAUCGAACCACACAGACACGCCGGUGUCUUCAUUGCCAGAGGUAAGGAAGAUCUUCUUGUCACCAGAAACACCGCUCCAGGUGAAUCUGUCUACGGUGAAAAGAGAAUUUCCAUCGAAGAACCAGCCAAGGAAGAAGGUGCUCCAGCCACCAAGGUUGAGUACCGUGUUUGGAACCCUUUCAGAUCCAAGUUGGCUGCCGGUAUUAUGGGUGGUAUUGAUGAAUUGGGUAUUGCUCCAGGUAAGAAGGUUUUGUACCUUGGUGCCGCUUCCGGUACCUCUGUUUCCCACGUUGCUGACGUUGUUGGACCAGAAGGUUUAGUUUACGCCGUUGAAUUCUCUCACAGACCAGGUAGAGAAUUGAUUGGUAUGGCCAAGAAGAGACCUAACGUCAUUCCUAUCAUUGACGAUGCUCGUCACCCACAAAAGUACAGAAUGUUGAUUGGUAUGGUUGAUGCUGUUUUCGCCGAUGUUGCCCAACCAGAUCAAGCCCGUAUUAUCGCUUUGAACUCCCAUCUUUUCUUGAAGGACCAAGGUACCGUUGUCAUUUCUAUUAAGGCUAACUGUAUUGACUCUACUGUUGAUGCUGAAACCGUCUUUGCCAGAGAAGUGCAAAAGUUGAGAGAAGAAAGAAUCAAGCCUUUGGAACAAUUGACUUUGGAACCUUAUGAAAGAGACCAUUGUAUUGUUGUUGGUCGUUACAUCAGAAGUGGUAUUAAGAAAUAAGCAACCCUGUAUUUUAGAUAAUAAAUAAUGCAUUAGUGAACAUUGACAAGAGUGUAGAUAAAUUGAUAAAGUGAGGAAGAAGUAGCACUGUUAGUGUUUGGACUUUUAUGUCAGGGAUUGAUAAAAAUAAUAUAGAGACACAUAUAAAAGAAGAUGACCUUGUUUUCUUUGUGGUUGUAAAAAUAUUCAAAUAUAGAUACGUACUAGAGAUGGGGCAUUA